AUGUCUGAGCAGGAUCAAUCCUCAUCUCAAGACCUUGAAAAAGCAGACUCGGGCUUCACCAGCGACGAUGUGAAAGAGAAUGAAGAGAGAGGACAUGAUGCAAAGGAACAAGGUGUGGGCUUGGAGGAGAACGGUCAACAAGAACUGGAAAAAUCAGGAACGGCUGAAUCUCACACUUCCGAACGAGAUCCCAAAUUGGUAACGUGGGAUGGUCCUGAUGACCCAGAAAACCCCAAGAAUUGGCCCAAGAAGAGGAAGUGGAUUACCAUGGGAAUCGUCUCGAUGUUCACACUGAUCUCUCCCGUGUCUUCGACGAUGGUAGCGCCCGCUCUGGAUGCCAUCGCAUCUGACUUGCACAUCACAGCAGAAUUCGUAUCUCAGCUCACUUUGUCCAUCUUCAUCCUCGCCUAUGCUAUUGGUCCUCUUUUCCUUGGGCCGUUUUCGGAAAACUAUGGUAGAGCCAUUGUCUUGCAGCUCGCGAAUAUGUUCUAUCUUGCUUUCAAUAUCGGCUGUGGAUUCGCGCAGACCACAGGGCAAUUGAUCGCUUUCCGAUUCCUGUCCGGACUGGGUGGUAGUGUUCCGCUGGUGGUCGGUGGAGGCGUCCUUGGAGAUAGCUUCCGCCCUGAAGAGCGCGGAACAGCCAGUGCUAUCUUUAGCUUGGCCCCACUCCUUGGGCCAUCUAUUGGCCCCAUCGUGGGUGGCUUCAUUGCGGAGAACACCACUUGGCGAUGGGUCUUUUGGGCAACCUCGAUCGCAACUGGGGUCAUGCAAGUUGCAGGAUUAUUCUUUCUCCAGGAAACAUAUGCUCCACAAAUCCUCAAAAAGCGGGCGCAGAGACUUCGCAAGGAAACUGGCGAUCCCUCGUACCAGACCGAAGAGGAGCGACAGAACAAGACACUGCCCCAGGCUUUGCGAACAUCGCUCGUACGGCCCUUCGUCCUUCUUUUCACACAACCUAUCGUUCAGGUCCUUACCCUGUACAUGGCCUAUAUUUAUGGACUCAUGUACCUCUUGAUGUCAACUUUCCCUACUCUGUGGACCGAUCCUAAGUGGUACAACGAGUCCACAGGCAUUGGAGGAUUAAACUAUAUCUCUCUUGGUCUAGGAUCCAUGCUUGGCACAUACCUCUGCGUUUUCUUAAACGACCGCACCUAUCGCCAUCUCAAGGCCCGCAAUAACGACACAGGCAAACCUGAAUACCGUCUACCUUUGCUCGCUAUCACCAUGAUCUGCGUUCCAGCUGGUCUCUUCAUCUACGGCUGGACAGCUCAGACCCAUCAACACUGGAUAGCCCCCAAUAUCGGGGCUUGUCUGUUUAGCGUGGGCAAUAUGAUGACCUUCCAGUGCAUGCAGACCUACAUCGUGGAUACGUAUACGCGAUAUGCAGCCAGUGCGCUGGCCGCGGUAUCAGUUCUACGAUCUCUGGCUGCGUUUGGGUUUCCCCUAUUUGCUCCAUAUAUGUACAACGAUCUCUCCUAUGGGUGGGGUAAUAGUGUACUUGCAUUCAUUUCCUUAGGGAUAGGGAUUCCGGCACCCAUCUUUCUCUGGAAAUAUGGUGAGAAGUUGCGAAACCACAGCCCAUAUGCCACUGGUUAA